CGACGAUAAUAUUUGGCUGUCGGCCCAGCCAAGCCAUACUGUUUCGCAUGAUCUAUAUGCUUGUAUGCGAGUCUGCCUCGGGAACACGCCCAUCCUUCCUGAAAUCUGUGAGAUGAGGUGGCCUCGGCACCAUGGGACAAGGCUACUCCCUUACAACCCUUUCAGCAGGGUCGGCUGGGAUCGAUGUCCCAGAACUGUCGGAUUUGGUGUAUGAAAGGUCGAUGGGUGGUGGGAGGUUUAUGAAAAGCAUACGAGCAAGGCAACACAAUGGCCUGGUUUUCGUGAAACUGAUCAUGAAGCCCUAUCCAAGCAUGCAGCUUGAGCCAUACGUCAAAGCAAUCAUCCGGGAGCGCAAAUUGCUCGCGGAUAUUCCAAAUGCGUUGGGCUAUCAGCGGAUUCUGGAAACCAGCACCAGUGGCUAUCUUGUCCGCCAGUAUAUCCACAGCUCUCUCUAUGACCGCAUGAGUACUCGUCCCUUCCUAGAGGACAUCGAAAAGAAAUGGAUAGCUUUCCAGCUUUUAUGUGCCCUGCGGGAUUGUCAUGCUGUAGAUAUUUUUCACGGUGAUAUAAAGACCGAAAACGUUUUGGUCACAUCGUGGAACUGGCUUUUUCUUUCCGAUUUUUCAUCAUCCUUCAAGCCCACGUUUCUUCCCGAAGAUAACCCGGCCGACUUCUCUUUCUACUUUGAUACGUCUGGCAGGCGGACUUGCUAUUUAGCACCGGAGAGGUUUCUUGUUGCUGGUGAAGAUCCAGGUGAUAGGCAGGUCAAUUGGGCCAUGGAUGUCUUCAGUGCUGGCUGUGUUAUUGCAGAGCUGUUUCUCGAAUCGCCGAUAUUCACCCUCAGCCAGAUGUAUAAAUAUCGGAAGGGUGAAUACAGUCCAGAACAUAGUCAACUGGCUAAGAUCGAGGACUCGGACAUUCGGGAGCUGAUUCUUCAUAUGAUCCAGCUUGACCCGGAGUCGAGGUACUCGGCUGAGGAAUACUUGAAUUUCUGGAAGAACAAAGCCUUUCCGGACUAUUUUUAUAGCUUUCUCCAUCAGUAUAUGUCUCUCAUGACUGACCCAUCAUCUGGAAGAGAAUGCGUUGAAGCCGAGUCGGCGAAUAGGGGAGAGUCUGACGACAGGAUAGAGCGUGCCUAUUUUGACUUUGACAAGAUAUCUUACUUCUUGGGAGCAAUUCCCACAACUGCAAGAGACGGCUCAAGCGUCACAUCUCCUCGGCUCACCGGGAGCACUCUUCCUGUUCAACUUGAUUUACCCAACUGCGGACACCAGGUUUCGCGAUCGCAAUCCCCUGCCGAUGAUGGUGUGUUGAUCUUCUUGACGUUGGUUGUAUCUAACUUGCGCAACACUGCAAAGGCUUCGGCGCGGGUCAAAGCUUGCGAUAUUCUGCUUGCAUUUGCCGAGAGGUUGUCCGACGAGGCGAAGCUGGAUAGAAUUCUUCCAUACGUCAUGAUUCUACUCAAUGAUCGGGCGGACACUGUAAAGGUGGCUGCAAUACGAACACUUGCACAACUACUGGAAAUGGUUGAGGCUGUUUCACCGGUCAACGCUUAUCUCUUCUCGGAAUACAUAUUUCCACGUCUGCAGCCUUUCGUCCCAAGCUCGACGUCAAGCCCAAGCCCGAUUGUCCGUGCUGCAUACGCAUCAUGCAUAGCGUCGUUAGCACAAUCCUCCCUCAGAUUUUUGGACAUGAUCCAGGCACUACGGUCUGAUACGCGUCUUACUUCUCUAAUCUCGGCUGGCACUGAGCCAAGGUGGACAGAGGAUGCCACUUACCACAAUCUGUAUGAUGUUGCGAAAGUUGAUCUUCUGGAUUAUUUCGAGGUUCACACCAAAUCCCUCUUGACAGACAGUGACCCGUCUGUUCGACGUGCAUUUUUAGGGUCUGUUCCCAGUCUUUGCGUGUUCUUUGGCAACCUCAAGACCAACGAAGUCAUCCUUAGCCAUCUGAACACAUAUCUGAAUGACAGAGAUUGGAUUUUGAAAUGUGCUUUCUUUGAAGCAGCCGUUGGCGUCGCCACUUAUGUAGGGAGCACCAGCCUGGAGCAGUAUCUUCUGCCUUUAAUGAUCCAGUCGAUGACAGAGCCAGAAGAGUUUGUAGUGGAGAGAGUUCUUCGUUCGCUUGCUGCUAUGGCUGACCUUGGGCUUUUUCAACGAUCUACGACAUGGGAUCUACUGCAAAUCACUGUGCGUUUUCUAAUCCAUCCAAACAUCUGGAUUCGUGAGUCGGCAGCGCAUUUUAUUGUGAAUUCAGCGAAGUUUCUGUCGGUCGCAGACAAGUACACCAUCCUCACUCCCAUGGUUCGGCCGUUCCUCAAGAUCAAUAUUCUUGGCUUCUCCGAGAGCGAAAUUCUCGACGCAGUUAAACGACCACUCACGAGAAGCGUCUAUGAAAUGGCGUUACUCUGGGCUUCAAAGACCGAGAAGGGGAUUUUCUGGAAGUCACCGAGUCGCGAUGGCACUUUCACUCUAAGCAGCGCAUCCAGCUAUUUGCACAAGGGAAAGCAAAGGAAUUCGAGUGGUUCGUUGCUCUCCCACCCCAAGAAUGACGAAGAUGAGCAAUGGCUUUCUCGGUUGAGAAGUUUGGGAAUGCGUGUAGAGGAUGAGUUCAAGCUUCUCGCACUCAAGGAAUAUAUUUGGAGAGUAUCCAGGCGACAUGCAAAAGACUUAGAGGUCGGAGCUGCCUCCCCUCUAAGUAACAUAAUUCCCUUGACCCAGUACGGUGUCACUCCGCAGACCGUAUUCUUUGAUAAAAUCCAGAGUGUCAAACCACGAAGGUCGUCAUUGGGGAAGCAAAUUGACACCAGUAAAACUGGGGAGCACAAGACUCACACCAUCGCAGAUGCGCUUCUUGAUGCGUCGACCACAAUCGACAGCGGGUCGAGUGCUCGUCCCAAAUCUUCCAGGUCACUGACUAAGCUGCAAAAGGAAAGAGGCGCUGCUACCACAAGCCCGCGACUAAACACUCUCGAGGGUAUCAGGACGGAGCACUCUCCAGCAUUGUCGCCAGUGCCUUCAUCUCCAGGUGCCCCCGCUGGCUCGAGCCCUUUGUCGCCUUCCGGUUCAGAUGUCGAGGGGAGAGAUUCCAGCAGGAGACAGAGUCCAACUCCGAAUGGACUUGCGUCUCCCGCACCAGAAGCGGAGAGCCCUGCCUUGAGAAGUUCUGCCGAGGGGAUUCAAAAAAAGUCAAGCGCGAUAAGUCUUUUGAACCGCAAAGAAACAUCAAAAGCCUUCGCAGAGACGAGCAUGAGUUCUGCAAACGCUUUUGGCAAGGUUGAUGUGCCGGCCCAGAGGGAAGUAUCCAAACAACCUGAUCCAUCGCCCGGCCGUGGAAGGGGAACGCCGGAACCUGGCACACGCCAGUUCCGUGCUAGUCAUUCGUAUGGUGGGAACGAUCCUGUAGUACUGAGAUUGCUGGACUCUGUCUUCGCUGAGAACUACCCAACAGACCUUUUUGACUUGGGUCCUUUCGUCAGGGAGGUGGACGCACGACGGCCGAUUAGAAGAGCGAGUGGCUAUGACCCAAACAAGAUCUGGAAACCAGAAGGAAAUCUUGUUGCUAUGUUCGGAGAACAUAGUGGGCCAGUGAACCGGGUAGUAGUGGCACCAGACCACUCUUUCUUUGUGACUGCUUCGGACGACGGCACUGUUAAAAUCUGGGAUUUAACGCGUCUUGAGAAGAAUCUGACCCCUAGAUCUCGACAGACCCAUAAGCAUGCGGCCGGGUCCAAGGUGAACAGUCUGACCUUUGUCGAAAACACAUACACCUUCGUCAGCGGGGCUACCGACGGAAGCAUUCAUGCCGUCAAGGUGGACUAUCAUAACAAUAAUGACAGUAUCCGAUACGGUAAGCUUCAGCUCGUUAGGGACUAUCAGCUCCCCGUGGCUGACGAUGGUUCGGCUGAGUAUGCGGUUUGGAUGGAACAUUUCCGGUCGGAUGCGCAGUCGACCCUUCUCAUCGCAACCAAUACCUGUCGCAUUCUUGCCUUAGACAUGAAAACCAUGCUUCCGGUGUACAGUUUGCAGAAUCCAGUGCAUCAUGGUACACCGACCACUUUCUGUUGUGAUAGGAAACACAACUGGCUGGUGCUCGGUACUACCCACGGGAUUCUCGACCUCUGGGAUCUUCGGUUCCGUGUGCGGUUGAAAGCCUGGGGCCUACCUGGGCUGGGUGUGAUUCAUAGGUUACAGGUGCAUCCCACCAAGGGGCGUGGACGCUGGGUAUGUGUGGGAGGCAGUGGCAGUCAUGGCAAUGAGAUUACUGUCUGGGACAUCGAGAAGGUCCAGUGUCGGGAGGUGUACCGGGCUGCAUCUCCCAACAGUACUAAUGCUGUCAACAACAGUGCGGCGGCUAACGGAGGCCGUCGUGGCACAAGUCCAUUGGAUUACAUGGCCUGGCGCGUUGACGGCGACCGACCCGAAGGCAUGUUGAGCCGGUUUGCGACGACCAGUCCAGGGGGUAUCGAGCCUAACGGCACAGGUACCGGGGGGGUAGCACCAGCCACGGGCGCCGCGACGGGAGAUCGGCUGGGGACUUGUGCAUUCGCCGUUGGCUUCGAUGCACCAGAGGAGGGCAAGGAUAUUUCGAAAUGCGGGUUUAUCAUCUCAGCUGGGUGCGACCAAACGAUCCGGUUCUGGGAUUUGGCGCGACCGGAGCAAUCUACGAUUGUGAGUGGAACGGGGGCGGUCUCUGACAACGGCAUGACAGGUAAACCGCGGUAUGAAGUGACACAGCCGAGUCCAGCGCUCACGGUGACUACUGAGCAGCUCCCGGUGCCGACCGCAACUAGCGGGCCUGCGGGGAAGAGCAGCAAGAAGGGAAUGAUGGGGAGGCCGCCACGGAGCACGGUGAUCAGUCUUCAGCAGCAACAGCUGCUGAAAAACCAUUUGGACGCGAUCCAGGACGUGGCGGUCUUGAGAGUUCCAUACGGGAUGACCAUCAGCGUGGACCGGGCUGGUAUGGUGUAUGUGUUCCAGUAGUAGAAAUCCCGGGAGAAGCAGGCAUUAUCGGUUUGCGUAAUCAGUGCGGACGGCGCAAGGGGACAUUUAUCCAUGGAUCCCGAAGGAAAGGCGACAAAUACGGAGAUAAGGUUAGAAAUUGGCUAUUGAUCCAGGGGUGCCACGGGUCUAAUUUUAUGAUUAUUGGAACGAAUAUUAAGCAUUCC